ACCUCUCUAGCCGCUGGUUGAGAUUCUUCAUCACUCACUCUCUCAAGUCUUACACUCUCCUUUAAUUCCAUCCACUCCCUCUUUCACCAAAAAAAUAAGGUAGAUUGGUAGAUACAGAGAGAGCGAGAGAGAGAGGAGUGCAAUCUUGUGAAAUUUUUUCGCCAGUUUAUGGCUUUGGGUGGUAAUUCUUUUGAGCAGAUUUCUCAUUCCUCUUCUUUUCCUGCCAUCUUUCAUAGCAAAAAACCCAGUCUUAGUUACUGUUCUUCUUCUUAUUCUCCUUUCUAUUUCUUUCAUAACCCUUGCUUUAAUUACCAAUCAUCAUCAUCAUCAACAAAAAUGUCUCACCAUUAAUUAAUUACCAUCUAUACACACCCAUCAUCAUUCUUAUUCUUGCGCUAACCCAAAAAAGAAAUAGAUUUCUUAAACUUCUUGAACAAUAACAAGAACAUGGCUUCAUUAUUCUCCUGUAUUUCUUGUUCUUACACUGUAUUCCUCAGCCUGAUUAUUCUCUUCAUUUUCGAAGGUGCUUCAGGUGCUGUAUUCACACUUGUUAACAAAUGCGAUUACAGUGUAUGGCCUGGAAUUCUUGGAAGCCCUAAACUAGACACUACAGGUUUUGAGCUCCCCAAGGGCAGCUCUCGCUCUUUUCAGGCCCCGACAGGUUGGUCCGGUCGUUUCUGGGGACGAACUGGCUGCAAUUUUGAUGCUUCGGGCCACGGCUCCUGCGCUACUGCCGACUGCGGCUCUUCCCAAAUCGAAUGCAACGGCAACAGUGCUACUCCGCCUGCCACCUUAGCUGAAUUCACCCUCGGCACCGGCACACAAGAUUUCUACGACGUCAGCCUCGUCGACGGCUAUAAUUUGCCAAUGGUAGUUGAGGUGAAUGGCGGCUCAGGUGCUUGUGCGACGACGGGUUGCGUGACGGACCUUAACAGGAAGUGUCCGAAUGAACUGAAAGUUGAGGGCGGCGCAGCAUGCCGGAGCGCUUGUGAUGCGUUUGGGAACCCAGAGUACUGUUGCAGUGGCGCGUAUAAUACACCUUCAACUUGUAAACCUUCGACGUACUCAGAAAUGUUCAAGAACGCGUGUCCGAAAUCAUACAGCUACGCUUUUGAUGAUGCUUCCAGUACUUUCACGUGUACUGGUGCUGAUUACACGGUCACAUUUUGCCCUCACUUGCCCAGUCUGAAAUCUGCAAGAGAUCCGUCUCCAAUGGCAACAGGGACAGAAGGAGGAGGGUCGAUGGCGUCAGGGGCAAUACAGGAGGCAGAAUUAGCAAGUUCAUGGCUGGCAAGUUUGGCAACAGGAGAUUCAACAAGAAGCUACCCUCUUUCACUUGUGCAAUUGGCACUUGUUUUGGUCACAUCUUUCAUUCUUUGCUACAACAUUCAAUUGUAGCUAGUCUCUCUCAUUAUCAUAGAUGUCCCUACUUCUUCACUUUUUCGACUGGCAAUCAAAACUUUGUGAGAAAAAAAGGAAGGAGGAGAAAGAGAGAAAGGAAUCAAUAACUUGCAUAUAGGGGACCAAUCAAUCCUAAUUUCUAAGCAAACCCACUUCCAAAAUGAUGCAUAUUUAAUGUUCUACACAUGAUAUUAAUUAGUUUAGAAAUAGAAUUAAUGUAUUUCUCUUUUCUGUCAA